ACGCGGCUGCGCAGUGAGUGGGUUGCUCUCAACUCAUUCAUUUAUUCUCCUUCUCAUUUAUUUCCCACUGAUGUUUACUCCUGCUGACCUCUGCCUUCUAUUCGCUAUCCAGGCAAUAUACGACCAGGACAGUACGGACUCCUUUCACAUUGAUGCCACAGACGAACUACAACUCCCAUGAGCGCCCGCGGUAACUUAGAGCACCAUCUCGCAUUCGGAAGUGGAGUUGUUGAGGAAGCAGGAAACAUCACACUCCGCAGGUCGUCUGCAGCAAUGCACCGAUCGCCCAGCGCUUCAUAAAGGGACGCGUCUUCUCUCUGCGGCGGGUCACCAUGGCCCCAUUGUUGGCCAUCGCCCUGGUGUUUGUCGGGUGCUGCAGCAACGUGGUGUCUCUGGAGCUGCUCGUCAGACAGUUUCCGGGAUGCGGCAACAUCGUCACCUUCGCUCAGUUUCUGUUCAUCGCGUUGGAAGGCUUCAUCUUCCAUUCCAACUUCGGGAGGAAGAAACCCACCAUCCCUAUUAGGAACUACGUGAUCAUGGUGACAAUGUUCUUCACCGUCAGCGUGAUCAACAACUACGCCCUCAACUUCAACAUCGCCAUGCCACUGCACAUGAUCUUCAGAUCGGGAUCACUCAUCGCCAACAUGAUCCUGGGGAUAAUCAUCCUGAAGAAAAGGUACUCGGCCAGUAAAUAUCUGUCUAUAGUUUUAAUUUCGGCUGGAAUAUUCAUCUGCACCAUCAUGUCUGCCAGACAAGUGAAUGUGGCCACUGAGGGAUCUGAAGAUCAGGGAUUUUACACCUUUGUGCGCUGGCUCAUAGGUAUCGCCAUGUUGACCUUUGCUCUCCUGAUGUCUGCGAGGAUGGGUAUUUUCCAGGAGACACUGUACAAGCAGUAUGGGAAACAUUCCAAAGAGGCUCUCUUCUAUAAUCACUUCCUCCCUCUGCCGGGCUUCCUCCUCCUCUCCACAGACAUCUACCAACACUGCAUCCACUUCAGUCAGAGCGCUCCUGCCGUGGUUCCUGUGGUCGGAGUGUCUGUGCCAAUAAUGUGGCUCUACCUGCUGAUCAACGUCAUCACGCAGUACGUGUGCAUCCGUGGGGUUUUCGUCCUGACCACCGAGUGCGCCUCGCUGACCGUCACUCUGGUGGUGACACUGAGGAAGUUCCUCAGCCUCAUCUUCUCCAUCAUGUACUUCCAAAACCCCUUCACCACCUGGCACUGGGUGGGCACCGGCGUGGUCUUCGUGGGCACGCUGAUGUACACGGAGGUGUGGAGCAGCGUGCGGUCCGCUCUGCGUGGACCAAGCGUCAAGGAGAAGAAGGCGGAGUGAAGACAAAACUACUUGAAAUACAGCCACUGUGUUGGACUCUCAGAUUGUUUGGGCUCAGCGACCCGGCAGCAGUUUUUUAUAAAGCUAUGUCAAUCGUUUUUGGUUAUAGUAAAGCUCACACGCACAAAAACAUACAGCAGGUUAAUGGCUGGGGAUAUUCUGUAUAUUGGUUAUUAAAAUGACAUGAAAAGACAAAAAA